AUACACCUUUGAUAAAAAAAAAAAAUUCCAAUGUCCCGAAAAGCUCUUAAAGUAUUGGUUGAAAUAAAGUUCAGAGCGGUCUCUUGUCCUGGAGUCCAUCUGCCAGCUAAGGAUGACAUCUACCUCAGCAUGUGCUUCAUGGGACAGUACCGCCAGUCUGAGUGUCUCCCUGCUGUGUUUCCUCUGCUGUUCCAUGAGAAGAUGACCUUUGAAAAGAUUUUCAGGUAUGCAGUUGACCCUGGAGACAUUGCUGUCAUGCUUGAGUAUGAGACAGUCACAGUUGAACUGGUGCAGCUGAUUCCUCCAGGGGGGGGCACUCUGGCCUGCUUUGAAGAAGACGCUCGACGCUUCUUAUUUCCAGAGCCCAAACUGGUUCCCUCCUUCUCUGGAGUGGAUCGAGAGGUUCUGAUGACCCGAGCUCCUCACUUCCCAGGCAUCGCUCCCAGGUUGGAGUUUUCCACCAAAACAACCAUCAUGGAGUGCCCAGCUGAUGCAGAUAUCAACAUUUACCCCAAUGUGCCCAUGAGGCCAGCGAUGAGGAGGAACAGGAAGCCCUCCAGCAGACCCAGGAGCUCCUCUCCUCAGAAGAAACAGCCUCACAGCCUUGGAAGGAGACCAGAUGGCAGAGGAUGCAGCGCCAGGUCACCAUCAUACACCCCCAGACCCCGGUCCCUGUCCCCUCUGAGAGCUGGAGACGCGCAGCGGCUGCAGUGGCUCAGUCUAGACUCUGCAGCUCCAGAUCCGGCCCCCUGGAACACCACCGGCACCUCCCAGCCUCUGCUGGCCUCGUGGCCUGGAGCCAGUCGGUCUGCCUCGCCCCACCGCUCUGCAGUGUUUACCAACUCCUCCUCACCUAUGACCAGCUCGUCAUCAGUGAGAUAUUCUCUACCUGGCAGAAGAAAAUCCAUAUCCAAUGGUUUGGUUGGAGGGAUGUCAGAAGACUCCAGCUCUUCAGAAGCACAUGACCCCCUUGACUAUCACCAAGGUCAUGACCCCUCAGAGCUAUGGCGCUCUUACAGGGAACAGGCCAGGCACAGCAGGUGUCACUCCAGUUCUCACAGAGAAUGGGAAGAGGUCCAAGAGCGUGUUCGUGGACUCCUUACCACGCCAAGAGCUGUGCGGCGCCUUGUCUAUGGGGCCACACACUCUGAGGUUGAUGAGGUUUUAGCCAGGAGAUCUAUCUCUCCAGGUCCACCAUGA